CUCAGCAUCGCGUAGAUUAAACAAACAGAACCCAGCCGGCCUCAGUUCAAUUGCCCCGUUACAUUUUAGCCGGCGUAACCCACAAAGUAACUUGGAAAUAACACCACCUGCUACAAUGCCUGUCUAUGUGCUGAGACAUUUCCGAGCUGAGAUAAUCCGACUCCUGUUCGUAUUAAAAGGACAGGAAUUCGAAGACAAGUUAUAUACGUUUGACACAUGGCCAGCCGAGAAGCCAAAUACACCUUUCGGGCAGCUUCCUGUUCUGACAGUCGACGGAAAGGACUACACAGAAUACAUGGCAAUAAACAGAUUCCUCGCCAGAGAAUUCGGGCUGAUGGGAGCAAACAGCCAGGAAGAGUAUGAGAUAGACCGAGUUAUAAGCCUGAGCAAUGACGUUUCUUCAGAAAGAAUCAAGGUCUUCCACGAGAAGGACAACGACAAGAAGGCACAACUUGAAAAGGGUCUUAGAGAAAAGGUGAUACCAAAUUUCAUGGGUAAACUUCAGCAGUUAGCGGGUUCAAAAGGAACGGGCUUCACCGUUGGAAAUAAGCUGGGUCUGGGCGAUCUCAUCAUCUUUGACACAAUUGACGGCAAAACAGACGACGCCACCAUGGACAAGUAUCCCAAUGUCAAGGCCAUCAUGCACAACGUCAGGUCUAACGAGAGAAUGAAAGCAUACCUGGCAGCAAGAGCUCCGACACCUUUUGAUUAAAACAGAUAUGUGGCUUGUAUGUACCUUCCACUCUACCUCAAGGCAACACAGACCUUCAGUGAAGAGACACUGCUGAUGUUUAUUGAUUAUUGAACGCACCGUCAGGGACUAGUCAAAUAUUAUAUUUAGUGUGAUUAAGCGUGUAUGUAAGCAGUACACCAAAUUAGAACAUGUGUACGAAUGACAAAUAACGUGAGACACAAAUAGUGCUGUAUCGAAUAUAGUAUGUAUUUACCAUAAAUUGUUAAAUAAAUAUAUUCAAAGACA